UUUAAUUUAGAGAUUACAAGUUCCAAAUAUAGAACACAGUUGCUACUGAACACACGUGUUGAGUUGUAAAAUCGUAGUUUGAUGGCUGGAAUAUCGGGUGUUACGGAUGGAGAAAAUAAUGUUGAUAGUGCUCAAGAAAGAAAGAAAGUAACGGAAUUAAAAAAAGAAAGAGUUAUUAACGGACACGGAGAUACAAUGGACAGUGAUAAGGCUCCAAGUAGUCCUGUGAUGAACGGACUGAGUGAUGAGUCUACUUCAUCUUCCUCAUCAGGAGACGAGAGCCCAGUCAAAGAGAAAGAAGAAAAAACUGAGAAAGAUGCAGAGGAUGAUUCAAAGAAGGAAGAGAAGGAAGAACAAGAGAUGGUUCUGAUUCAAGAUACAGGAUUUAAUGUCAAAAUAGUUGUCCCAGGGAUGAGCGAAAGCAUAGAAUUACCAGUGAGUUCUAUGGAGCUGGUACAAGAAAUCCACCAAGUUCUUAUGGACAGGGAAGAUACUUGUCACAGAACAUGUUUCUCGAUACAGCUCGACGGAACCACGCUAGAUAAUUUUGCUGAAUUGAAAAGUAUUGAAAGUUUGAAGGAAGGAUCCAUCAUUAAAGUUGUUGAAGAGCCGUACACAGUAAGAGAAGCUAGAAUCCAUGUCCGUCAUAUUAGAGAUCUGCUUAAAUCUAUAGACCCAGCUGAUGCUUACAAUGGUGUAGACUGUAACUCUAUGUCCUUCUUAAAUGUUGUCACAUCUGGGGACAUUCUAGAUAAGAAACGAACAAAGCCAGAAUCUAUUGACUGUACACCACCAGAUUUUAUCAUGCCAAAUAGUAAAGAAAGGCCUCUCUUACCUCUACAUCCUAAUAUCAAGGAACUUAAGGGUCCACAGUGUAUUAAAGUAUUAACUUAUAGUGGAUGGAAUCCACCACCAGGCAACAGAAAAAUGCAUGGUGAUUUGUUGUAUUUAUAUGUGCUCACGUUAGAAGAAAAAAAGUACCACAUAACUGCAUCCACAAGAGGAUUUUAUGUAAAUCAAUCAACAGAGGAUGAAUUUAAUCCAAGAUCAGCUCAACAGAAAUAUUUAUCACAUUCUCUCAUAGAUCUCCUUAGUCAGAUUAGUCCAGCUUUCAAAAAGAAUUUCAAUGUAUUGUUAAAGAAGAGGGCCAAUAAACAUCCUUUUGAAAGAAUGACAACACCAUACCAAGUGUAUAGUUGGAUGGCUCCAAUGCCUGAACAUAGUGUAGAUUAUAUCAGAGCUGAAGAUGCAUUCUCCACAAGAUUAGGGUAUGAGGAACAUAUUCCUGGUCAGACCAGAGAUUGGAAUGAAGAAAUACAAACAACCAGAGAACUACCGCGGAAAACACUUCCAGAGAGGCUUAUACGAGAAAGAGCUAUAUUUAAGGUUCACAGUGACUUUGUGGGUGCUGCCACCAGAGGUGCUACAGCUGUUAUAGAUGGUAAUGUUAUGGCAAUUAAUCCGGGAGAAGAGGCUAAAAUGCAGAUGUUUAUUUGGAACAACAUUUUCUUCAGUCUUGGAUUUGAUGUCAGAGAUCAUUACAAAGAUUUUGGUGGAGAUGCAGCUGCAUAUACUGCUCCUGGUAAUGACCUACAGGGAGUGAGAGCUUACUUCAGUGUUGAUAAUGAAGGACUUUACACUCUGGGAACUGUUGUUGUUGACUACAGAGGUUACAGGGUCACUGCUCAGAGUAUUAUUCCAGGUAUUUUAGAGCGAGAACAAGAACAGUCUGUAGUAUAUGGUUCUAUAGACUUUGGUAAAACUGUCGUAACCAGUGACAAAUAUAAAGAACUGUUGAAGAAAACAUCUAGUCAAUUAAAAAUAAGACCUCACAAUGUUUUGAAUGAAAAGAAUGAGGCAGUAGAGUUAUAUUCAUCACUGGAGUGCAAGGGUAUAGUUGGAAAUGAUCAGCGACAUUAUAUUUUAGAUUUGUUGAGAACUUUUCCUCCAGAUCCAAACUAUCUUAAAUUUGAAGAUGAGGAAUUAAGUAAAACAAUGACAGAGAUGGGAUUCCCACGUCAGUUCAGACACAAAUUAGCAUGUCUACGACAAGAAUUAAUAGAAACAUUUGUAGAAACUAGAUAUGUAGCCUUUGUACGUCAUGCAGCCUACCAGUUCCAGCAACUACAGUUACAGAGACAAAACAAAAAAACAGAUGAUCAAACAGAAUCAAAGAAAGAAGAAACAAAAGACAUGAAGUCAAUAGAACCUAAGCCUUUGACGAAUGGACACAGUGAGACAUGUGACUCGGAAGACAAAGACGAAGAUAUCGAAACUGAUGAGGCCAAAAAAAUUGUAGAAGCUCUCACUGCUGGUGAUGGGCAAACAUUUGAAGAAAACAGUAAAGAUAUAGUGAAGAAAGCUGCUCAAGCCGUUGGUUCACUGAGUGAUACAGAAUUCAGUAUAACCUUUAACCCCGAUGUCUUUCAGUCACAUGUCAAACAUGCUGAACCAGAGGGUGAGACGUUUAAGAAGGAAAAGAAACUAGUCAAAGAUGCAGCUGAAUUUUUAGUGCUUCAUCAGAUUCCAUCAUUGGUGAAUGACUGUAUGGAUCAUACAUCUUCACCCAUUGAUGGUCUAACCCUGACAGAAGCAAUGCAUAACAAGGGUAUAAAUAUGAGAUACCUUGGUAAAGUUGCAGAUGUCAUGUCCAAAUACUCAUCUGUUUCAUAUGUAUAUGAUAUUGUUGUAGCAGAAUUAAUUACAAGGGCAGCUAAACGUUUGUUUAAGAGUUAUAUGCAGGGAGUUGACAUGAUGAGUCUGUCGUCUGCUGUCAGCCAUUUUCUAAACUGUUUCCUGGGAUCUUUCCCAUCUCCACAUGCUCAGAUAACUGCUGAGGAGUUACAGAGUAAGAAAGCCAGAAGAAAGAACAACAGGAAAAAUAAAGCUGUAUUAGUUAGUAUAGAUAACACAGAAUGGGUUAAUGAUACACCCAAAACCAUUUGGAAGAAAGUUGUGGAUGAAGUCCAAGAUUAUUUCCAAUACACAUUAGACUGUGAUUCUAUAGAUAGUGCCUUAGAAAGGUAUAACCUACAGAGAGUAUCACUGUUGAGACAGUUCUGUCUAAAGGUUGGAAUUCAGAUCUUGUUGAAGGAGUAUAACUUAGAUGCCAAGAAUAAACAAGUGUUCUAUGAAGAUGAUAUAAUCAAUGUCUUUCCUAUUGUCAAAAAUGUUCAUCCUAAGGCCACUGAUGCUUACCACUUUUUCACCAGUGGACAGACUAAGAUACAACAAGGAUUGUUACGGGAAGGUUAUGAACUAAUCAGUGAAGCCUUGAACUUACUUAACAAUGUCUACGGACCCAUGCAUGCUGAGAUUGCUGCCUGUCUACGAUUACUGGCCAGACUUAAUUAUAUCAUGGGAGAAUAUGGAGAGGCUAUGUCAUACCAACAAAGGGCAGUACUAAUGAGUGAGAGAGUACUUGGUAUAGAUCAUCCAAAUACUAUCACAGAAUAUGCACACCUUGCCCUGUACUGCUUUGCCAACAGUCAGGUAUCUAUUGCCUUACGACUGAUGUACAGAACACGAUAUCUUGCCUUGUUAUGCCAUGGAGACAAUCAUCCAGAAGUAGCUCUUAUAGAUAGUAAUAUAGGUUUGAUCUUACAUGCAGCAGAAGAAUAUGAUCUAUCAUUGAGAUUCUUAGAAAAUGCUCUACAAAUAAACUCAAAAUUCCAUGGUGCUAAAAGUUUAAAGGUUGCUAUGAAUUACCACCUGGUAGCCAGGACACAUUCCUGUAGGGGAGAUUUCAGGGCAGCUUUACAGAGUGAAAAAGAGGCUUUCACCAUCUAUAAACAUAUGCUUGGAGAAGAACAUGACAGAACAAAGGAGAGUUCAGAAUGUUUGAAGCAUCUCACACAGCAGGCUGUUGUCUUUCAGAAGAAAAUGAACGAGAUUUAUAAAGGAGAAAAAUCCAUAACAUUCCCUCCGCUACAGAUACAAACACCAUCCAUUGGCAGUGUGUUAGAAACAUUAAAUGUUGUUAAUGGAAUAGUCUUUGUACAAAUCAGUCCUGAAGAUAUUGAAAGAUUCAAGAAACAAAUGGCUCUUAAAUCAGUAGAGAAGGACAAUGAACUAGAACCAAAAGAACUUGACGACAAACUGUCAAUCAAAGAAGUGAAGGAGGUGUUACCAAAUGGAACAAUGACCAAUGGCAGUUUAGAAACAAACAAUAGUGAAAUGGCUCUGCCCUUAGAUUGAAGAUCAGGGAUCAAAUGAAAGGUGUGGCCAUAUAUUCAAGCAUUUAAUCAAAAUAAAUGCAGAGAACAUAAAUGUGCAAACUUGGUCAUGUAUUCGUGUUCAGUGAAGUGUAAAAACAAUAUGAUGUACCAGUUCAUAGAUUUGUGGCUGAUCAGUUCCGCUGUUCCAUUCAAAACUGAUCGGUUGUUUUAUAUUGAGAGAAAAAACAGUUAUUGAACAUUUUUACUGCCACAAAUCAAAAACUUUGGCAAGCUGUAUAACUUAAUAAUAAUGUAUACAGUAGCAUUUAGGAAGUAGAAAUUACUAGAUUACUGUUAAUUCAGAAAUUAUUGUGUGCAUUCAUUAUUGCGAUUUUGUCAUUUUAUACUGAAAUGCCAUUUUGACUUUUGCGAUAUUCAGAAAACUCUUGUUUAAUUCAUACAAAAAAUGUCAAAAUGUGAGUUUGAAUUAUUGCGAUUAUUGCUUGUUUCGCAAUAAUUUUGUAAUUUCUGAAUUUACAGUACUUAGAAGUGUGGUUUGUUUGUUAAGUUUAUUUCAUUUAUCUACGAGAGUUGUCAAAUUUAAUACAUAUAGCUGUGAUUUUUAGAAGUGUGUAUGAAUAUAUAUGUGUAUGAUGUCUGAUUUAAUUAAUGAAUUAUGAUAUUGAUUGAUUUAUGAUAUAUAUGAAGUAGUUGAUCGUGAUUACAAGUACAUUUGAAAAAUUUUGUCCUUUUUGCAUUUCUUUAUUAUACAAUUUUUUAUGUGCACAGAAAUUUCUAGAUUUAUUUCACAUAUAGUGGAUUGAAAUGAACUUUCAAAAAGUAUAGGAGUUAUAUUUAAAAAAAAAUGUUAGAUAUUCUUAUGUUAUCCUAUAUAACAUUUCUUUAUCACUAAACAUUAAAAUAAUUAUGAAGUUUAUCAUCUUAAACAAAAUUGUGUCUGAAAUAAUCACAAAUAUCAUGUAAAAUUCAAACAAAAUGUAAAUAUGUAAAUAACUUUCCAAGCAUGUAUAUACCAUUAAUUAGUUUUAUUCCUAGGCAUAGUUGCAUGAUUAAAGCUUGUAUAUUUUUUUUUACAAUAGUCUGAAAUAAUGUAUUGUGCAUGAAAUACUUGCCACUGGAUCAAAAGUUCAGAGUUAUAAUGAUCAUUGCAACAAUAGGACACAUUAUUGAAUAAUAGGUUAAUUUCUAAUCAUGUCAACUCUAUUUGUGGAGUUUUAUCAAACUUUUUUUAUGAUAAAAUAUCAUAUUCAAGCAAGGAGCUUACAAAUUUUUAUGCUGUUUUUUUCAAGAUUAUUUUGUAAAGAAUAAUUAGUUUUAACCACAGUAAAUAAGAAUAUGAUGGAAAAAAGCAGAAUGAAAAUGUGUCUUGAAGAAAACAUAAACAAAAAAAUGAUCAUUAUAUAUACAAUAACUUUGCUACUAAACUUGUUAAGACAAAUUUAACUAUCUGUGUAAAAUAAGUGUUGUCAAAUAUGGUGCAUGUUAAUAUUAUUUUUAGUUGUGUAUUUUACCCAAUCAUCCAAUCAAAUUCAUAGAUGACAUUAUAUUUAAUUAUGUCUUUAUGAUACAUUCCAAGCGAUAUUAGUGCUAUAGUGUUGCUUCAUUCCAUUUAGUUUUUAUCUAGUAGAUCUGUAGUGUAGAUUCCUCCAUUCCAGAAUUCCCAGUUUGGUGUUCCAAAUGUUCCUUUGUGUGCAUGUAUAUAAUAUCAUUAAGGGGAGGUCACUCAGUUUUCAGGGGAGAUAAUUGUAUUAUUUGAAUGAGAUGUUUUGUGAUUAAAUAUUUUUUUAUUUCAAGAAAAUCAUGCAUUUGUAUCAAAUUCUGUUUCAAAGAUUUUUUGAUUUGUUUAAUUCAUUACUGUUGUCAGGGAUUCAUAUUCUAGAUUAAAUGUGGGGGGACAGUAUUUUGUCAAACAAAGAGGAAAUAAGAGUUUUAAAAAUUCAGCUUGAAAGGCCACAUUGAACUUUAUUUUGGUUUGUUUUUGUUAUUGAUAUCUUUCUUUGAUCUCUAGUUGAAGACUUAUUAUAAAUAUUUAGCUUCAGUAUUUAAUGAAGAAAAUAUAUGUAUUAAAACAGGUGUAAUGAGGAAAGUAAAUGUAUUAAAGUAUAUGUAUCAUUAUAGAUCAUCAUAAUGGGUAAGAAGAUGUCGUUGUAGAAUAUCUUCCUAACAAAUAUUAUUUAUUUAUAUAAAAAAAAACAUUAUUAAUAGCAAUACUAUGAAGAAAGAAAGUCAAAAGUUGUUUUAUAGCAAAGACUGUUUUACCUGAUAACCAGUUUACUUUUUAUUUUGUAAAUUUGAUGAAAAUUGUAAGAGCCAUCUUCACACUAAACCACAAGUCCUGCGGCAUUGGCUAGCCAACCGAAUCCAGCUAAAAUUUUCAAAAAAAUUAGUUUUGGCCUUAUGGACUUGAGUUUAUCGUGAAGGUUGUUUGUGCAAUUAAGAAAAGAAGAGUGUUGACAUAAAUUGCUGAGGCAAAAGUUCAGUUAGAUUAACAUGAAUUGUUUAAUUAAUCCUGAGCAGUUUUUGUGUUGACUGAUAUUCAGGCAUACUGUUUUGGGGUAUAAUGAAGGACACCCUUAAUUUAAACUUUUUAUAUAUAUAUAACAGUAACAAAACGAUAAAGAAACAGCUUUAGAAAAAAAUACAAAAACUGGUCUUUGCUUUAAGAUGGAAUAUUUAUGUUAUGUGUGAUUAUUUUAGUAUUAUGAAUGCAAGUGAAAUAGUUUUUGCCAAUUAUUUUAUCAUUUUUGUGCCAAUUAUCCAUAUUUUAGACAGAACAAGAAAUUCACUAUUUAGUAUAUAUGUAAAUAUUGUUUUGUUAUUCGUGUGUGAUAGAACAACAUUAGUUGACAAUUUUUUUGUUUGUUUGAUAUUAUAGUUAAUGAGGACGGAAAUAUCAAUAAAUCAGUCGAGGUUGAUUGGGAAGAUAACUCUAUUUGUAAUCUUUGUAUCUAUUACUUUAUAGAUGGAUAUUAUUUCUUUUGAUAGAAUCAUAAACUCGAGUCCCCCAAAAACAAACAAAAAUAUUUAUAAAAAAAAGAAUAAUAAAAAAAAAAAUAAAAAAAUGGAAUUAUAAAAAAGAAAUCAAAUAAAUUAUGCAUUGCUAAAAAGUUCAAUGAAAAUGAAAUAAAUGCAAUUGCAUAAUUGAAAAAAAAAAAUUAAAAAUUAUAUAUAUCAUUACAAUUUUAUAUAAGAAAAUAGAGCAAAAGAAAUAUAUCCCUAUAUAAACCAUUGCAUUCCCUUCCACCACCUCCUUGGAUAUCAAGUCUGAAUGUCCCUACUAGGGCUUGAUGUUCCGUAUAAAUUUUUCUAAUUCUUGCAAGUGUUGUAUGUGAUCUUUUUGCAUUCAAUGCUCAAAAUGUUUAAGCAUACUAUCAUUAUGAUCAUUAAAUGGGGGUACUUCUCUUAAAAGUUCCUUCUCAACCCUCUCACAUUUAUGUGUUACUCGAAUAGGCCUGAACUAGGUCUAGAUACUGUGAGGAGCCCCCCCUCUUAAAAAGAGACUUCAGUUUAUGUACUCACUUGUAUCCAGAAUAAGCUUUUCAUUUUUGUCAAACCCCAGUAAAUUUGAAAGAAGGCUAGUUUAAGUAUGCAACUUUUUUAUUAAAAUACAGAUCAUGUGGCAAUCUUUAAUUACAAGGAUCUGAUAAUACUCUGUCCUACUUUCUGUUCUAAAUUUUUUAUAUCAACCAAUGAAAUUUCUGCCUUCUAAUUUUUGAAGGUUUGUAUCAUUAUGAUAAAACCUGAGGAUACCGAAAGGUUGUUAGAACAGAAUGUAGAGCAUUUUCAGUAUCCAGUAAAUCAAACAUAAAUGUUUAGUUUUCUUCUUUAUAACACAAAGGUAUCUGUCACCAUUGUCUCUGAGAGCCAAACAGAUACAGGACAAGAAACCAGUCAAAGCUUCCCAACAAUGUCGACUGAUUCUGUUAUAUUUCUGUCAUAUUUGUUGUGACACUAAUUAAAUAAAUCCUUCAGUGGAUAUGAUUUUUAAUAAUAAAGAUAUAAAAAGUA